AUGCGGGAGGAUGACGAAACAUGGGAGCAGUCAGACGAUGGAGAAAGUGAAGAAGAGCCUGGGGAGCUGGAGUGGGAGAGUAGCAAGGCUCAGGUGGCAGAAAGAAAGUUUAUCGUGUCCGAAUCAUGUUUGGACUUGCUAUUGAAGCUUAAAGCGAAAGGGUCUCCACUCGUCCUUGGUGGUGAUGGGAGAUGCUACUCUCCAGGACAUACUGCUAAGUAUGGAACAUACAGUAUGAUUAACUUGGUAUUAGGCAAGAUUCUGGACAUCCAACUUGUGCAGAGCAAUGAAGUGAAGAACUCCCAUGCACUGGAGCUGGAGGGACCGCAGAGGUCAUUGCAUUUCCUUCUAGAGGAGUGCAGAUUCCAGAUUUCUCACCUGGUGACAGACAGAUACAGCUCUGUGAAGAAAUGCAUGCGGGAAAAACAGCCAGAUAUUUUCCAACGGUUUGAUGUCUGGCAUGUUGCAAAAGGAAUAUACAAGAAGCUAGAGGCGGCAGGAAAGAAGAAGGGGUGUGAGAAAGUAAAAGCGUGGUCCAGAUCAGUGAGUAACCACCUGUAUUGGUGUGUUGCCAUUAGCAAUGGUGAUGGUGAAUGGGUCGAACAGACAUGGUUGCCAAUGCUCAACCAUGUUGCCAACAUACAUGAGGGCCAUGAAGACAAGUUUCCGAGAUGUGAGCAUGGAGACCUUGAAGAUCGCCUAUGGAUUGUAAAAGGUAGACAUUGCUUUCAAGAACUGGCAAAGGUUGUGGAGAACAUAAAAAAACUGUCACCAGCUCAACAGACUUCGUCAUUAGAAGCCUUCCAUAAAGUGAUAUGCAGUUGGGUGCCCAAGUUGGUCCACUACAUCCAUACCUAUAUGGAUUCAAUGUCCAAAGUCAGUGCACUCCACUUCAAUGAAAAUACAAACCGAGAAGUGCGAAAGACAAGAAGUGGGCUGGAGCAGUUUAGUGUGUACUACCGAAGAGGGAGUAAAGGGGAGCCAGUGGUGAAGGAAGUGAAGACGGAACAAACGUUUGGUAAGUAA